UCUAAAUUUUUAUACACAGCAGUGUUCAUUAUUUACAAAAAUAUAAUUUUUUUUUUUAAAAUAUAAAAAGCAAACUCCAUAUCGGUGAUAAUACUUGUAUAGCGAUUACACUCAAUAAUUUCCCGUUAUUAUCUUUCUACUUUGAUCCACUCUAGGAACCAAACAAAGAGUAGAAGUUUGCAGCUUUCACACCCUCCACCUCUCUAAUGAAGUUUCCUUCUGUUCUUAAAAAGUUCAGUUCCUUCACCUCCAUGCAAAAGAGACAUUCCUCAGGAACCUAGUUAAGUGGGAAAAGCAUACUCACUUCUCCAAAACAAAGUCACCAACAAGCUUGGGCAAAAGGUCGAGAAUUGCUUGCCUCUCCCCAACUCAACAAGGAAUCUCUCCUUACACUCCCUUAAAACUUCCUCUUCCACUGCAAAUUUCUUCAGCAAACAAGCUACUAACCAGAGAUGGAGAAUUCUAUUAGGCAAGACCUCGUCGAAAGGUACGAGGAUAGCGGUGAUUAUUACUGUCUCAAUGAUGAUGAUCCUGAUGAAUCUCAUUACCUAUAUCUAGUCAAUGCAAUCCUCAGUGGCACUGCUAGGCUUAAUGUUCUCUUGCCAACUGCUACAAUCCUUGCCUUCACUAUUUUCGCUCCUCUUCUAACCAACGAUGGCCAAUGCACUUGUUUGAAUCGCUGGCUGAUGGGUAUUUUCUGGGCUCUUCUGGCUGCCUCCUGUGUCUUUUUUACGUUCACGGAUAGCUUCCGAACAUCAACUGGUAGGUUGGUGUAUGGGGUGGCAACAUUCAGAGGAAUAUGGACAUUCAGUGGAGGCAGGAGGAAACCGAAUGUGCCUUCAGAUUAUAGGCUGAGAUGGGCUGAUCUCUUUCAUUCUUCACUUUCCUUGAUUGCUUUUCUGGCUUUUGCUGGUUUACAUACAGAUGUUGUGAGAUGCUACUAUCCAGCAAUGCCUAGGAAGGUGAUCAACAUUGUUCCUCUAGUUAUUGGUUUUGUAAUCAGUGCGUUGUUCGUGUUGUUUCCCUCCAAGAGAAAAGGGAUCGGAUACCCUUUCUUGCUGCAGAGGAAUGCUUUGUACUUUAGAUAA